GGUGUCAGUGUUGAUCCAUCAGAGACAGCACUGAUGUCUGAUAGAACCAGCCUCCUCCUGAUGACUGAGAAGAUGCACAUUUUUUCUUCAGGCUUUGUUCUGAACAGAUCAGAACAGAAGAGACGAUUUUGCAAGUGUAUAUUCCUCAUUUUAAUCUAUUUUUUUUUCAUAUCACCACAUUGCAUGGUGUCAGGAAACCCUCAGUGCUCUCACUGGACAAAAACAUGACUUGUUUUUCUGGCUGGAGCUACAUUUGGAUAUAUGUCGGGAUUUUUCUGUUGGAUGUUUUUUGGGACGCAGCGUGUGCACAGCUCUCCUACACGGUCUCAGAGGAGGUAAACCCAGGGACUCCUAUUGGAAACAUCGCUAAAGAUUUAAACCUGAAUUUGCAGGAUUUACAGCCCCGCAUGUUUCAGAUCGUCACUGGAUCAAAGAGAAAAUUCUUUGAGGUAAACCUAAAGACUGGCGUUCUUUAUGUCGACGACAGAAUAGACAGGGAGGAGCUUUGCACGGAGGAAGUUAAAUGCUCUCUCACCGUCGAAGCUCUUAUUAACAAUCCGUUAAAACUUUAUCGUUUUGAUGUGGAUAUUUUAGAUGUAAAUGAUAACUCUCCUUUGUUUACAAACACGAUACAAAAUUUGCAUAUUGCAGAGAGUUCUUUGCCAGGGGUAAAAUUUGCUCUGUCCGAUGCAAGUGAUGCCGAUGCGGGGAAAAAUGGCGUGAGCACUUACAAACUGAGUCCAAAUGAAUAUUUCUCUCUGGCGGUGCACAAAGGAGCGGGGAGCGUGUCUGCUGAGUUAGUGCUGCAGAAAGCGUUAGACAGGGAGAAGCAGCCUGUCAUCGUGAUGACAAUAACCGCAGUAGAUGGCGGUAAUCCUCCAAAAUCAGGUACAUCACAACUCGUUAUAAAUGUUUUAGACAUUAACGACAAUAUCCCGCUAUUCAGUGAGUCAUUAUAUAAAACCACAAUUCUGGAAAACACCCCUUUGGGGAGAUCCGUGAUGGCUGUGAACGCCACAGACGCAGAUGAGGGCGUGAAUGGUGAGAUCAUCUAUUCACUGAGGAGCACUGAUCAAGACCGCGUGCUUGAUGUGUUUGAAAUUGAAAGUGAGACUGGUGUGAUUAAGGUAAAAGGAAAUAUAGACUAUGAGGAACGAAAAGCGUUUGAGAUACGCGUGGUGGCUACAGAUAGAGGCCAACCUCCGAUGUCUGCUCAUUGCAAAGUGCUGGUGGAAGUGGUCGACCUUAAUGAUAACGCGCCGGAGAUUAGCGUGACGUCAUUAGGUGACACAGUGAAUGAAGACGCCGUUAAAGGCACCGUGGUUGCGCUCGUUUCAGUGCGCGAUAAAGACGGUGGAAAAAACGGUGAUGUGAACAUUAAAGUAGAAGAUAAUGUUCCCUUUAAAAUGGAAACAACGUAUACAAAUUAUUACUCGUUGUUAGUUGAUGACUUCUUGGACAGAGAAAGCAUUUCUAAUUAUGACGUUACGAUAAUAGCAACUGAUGAAGGAACCCCAUCGCUCUCCAGCACGAGUGCUAUUUCUAUAAAAGUGUCUGAUGUCAAUGAUAAUGCGCCUCGGUUCUCAGAGCCAUUAUUUAAUAUAUACGUGAGUGAGAACAGUCCGGUAGGAUCAGUAAUUAAAACGGUGGCUGCCGUGGAUGCUGACUUUGGCCAGAACAGCCACGUGACGUACUCCGUUUUAAAAAGUAAUAAUGUACUCCCGCUCUCCACAAUGAUAAACGUCAACUCAGAUACUGGAGAAAUAAUCACUUUGCAGUCUUUUAACUUUGAGGAGUUAAAAACGUUCCACUUUAAAGUUCAGGCCACAGACUCUGGUGUUCCUCCACUCAGCAGCAACGUGACUGUGAACGUUUUUAUCCUGGAUGAGAACGAUAAUAAUCCCUCCAUUCUUGCUCCCUAUUCCGAGCACGGCUCUGGGAACAGUGAGAACAUUCCCUAUUCUGCAGAAGCUGGAUACUUUGUGGCAAAGAUCAGGGCUGUAGAUGCAGAUUCUGGAUACAACGCACUGCUUUCUUAUCAUCUCUCUGAGCCCAAAGGAAACAAUCUGUUCCGGAUUGGAACCAGCAGUGGAGAAAUCAGGACUAAGAGGAGAAUGAGUGACAAUGACCUGAAAAGUCACCCAUUGGUGGUGCUGGUUUGUGAUCAUGGAGAACCCUCUCUGUCAGCUACUGUGCCUAUCGAUGUAGUGGUGGUUGAAAGGACAGCAGACAUCCAGACUCAGUUCAGACAUGUGCCCAUAAAGGAGGACAGCUUCUCUGUUUUAAACCUCUAUCUGCUGAUCGCCAUUGUGUCAGUGUCAGUGAUCUUUCUGCUGAGCCUCAUCACUUUAAUAGCUGUCAAAUGCCACAGGACAGAUGGCAGUUUCAGCAGGUACAGCGCCCCAAUGAUCACCACCCACCCUGAUGGGAGCUGGUCUUACUCGAAAUCUACUCAGCAGUAUGAUGUGUGUUUCAGCUCAGACACACUGAAGAGCGAUGUUGUGGUUUUCCCCACACCGUUUCCACCUGUAGAUGCAGAACUGAUUAGUAUAAAUGGAGAUGAUUUUACCAGAACUCAGACUUUACCCAACAAAGACAAGGUUCAGGAGGGUGUUGCUCGUUGA